AUCAUUUUUAUUGUUUAGUAUAACUUUGCUACUGUUAAUAAACGGUUUGUUCCGCAGUAACCAUAAGAUGCACGAUUCAGUACCGUCAGCGCUCAUCCCUAUCGUGGAAAAGGUUGCGAAAAAAUUGGGAUGUGACAAAUACGAAACGGUGUUGAUCGGUGCCAAUGCGAAAGGAGAGGGCUACUUGGGUGAAAUAACGUUCUUGGAAAUCCUAGACAAAACCACUGGCAAAUCGACGAACAUAGUCGUGAAACUUGCGUUCAAAAAUGAAGAGGUGCGUCAGAUUAAUCCCAUCCGUCACACGUUCCUGAAUGAAAUCGCUAUCUAUAAAACGAUAAUACCGGCCAUUCAGCAGUUCCAAAACGAAAAUGGCAUUCCAAUAUUCGAACACGUGCCCCGGUGUCUGCUCACAAGUUCGGAAGAGGGCAACGAAUUUAUCGUCUUCGAGAACAUCAAACUGCAAGGUUUCGAACUGUUCGACAAGACCAAAAUCUUGGAUUACCAGCACAUGGAAUUCAUAUUCAAAACAUACGGGAAAUUUCAUGCGACAACAUUUUUAUACAACAAAUUUCAUCCGGAGAAAUUUUCGAAACUGGUCCAAGAUUUGGGGAACGUUCACAAAAGCUUUUUCGAACAAGACAUCUACAGGAAUAUGACCGAUGAUGUGUUGGUUGAAUCAAGUCAAAAGCUGAAACCAUAUGAGGACGACAAAGCGAUCGCAGCAUUCGCCAAGUACACAAAAGACGGAACUAACCUACUCCUGGAUUCUCUGACCUACAAAGGAAAAUAUCCGGUUCUAUGUCACGGAGACUGCUGGAGCAACAACAUGAUGUUUAAAUACGACAACGAUAAAAACGUGUCCGAUAUUAGAUUAUUAGACUGGCAAUUGGCUAGAACUGGAUGCCCGUCACAAGAUUUAUCUUAUUGUUUAUAUUCGGGCGCUUCCAAGGACACAUUCGAUAGACUACAGGAACUCCUCAAAGCCUACUACGAAGUAUUUUCUGAAGUAAUUACACAAGCAGGCGAAGAUCCACAAAAAAUGUAUCCCUUCGAAGUACUACAACAGGAGUGGAAGGAGUACUGUCGAUUCGGCUUAAUCACCAGUACAAUUGUUAUAAAAAUGAAAAUGGAUAAAUCUGAAAACAAAAUUGACCUGGUGGAUAUAUCUACUAGUGAAGAUAAGGAUGAGGCAAUUAAGAAGUUUGCUAUUGGCACUCCUUGUGAGGAGUACGAUAGCAGAAUCCGGGAACUGAUUUUGCAUGUUUAUGAAAUCGGAGGUCUAUGAAAUGAUAAAAAUUUUAUCUAUUAGUAUUCGUAUUUUAUCACAUAAUACAAAAUAAAGUAUUUUGUUUACCAGUU